ACAGGCCAUCCUCGUCCAGUGUCCCUGAGGGACGUGUGCUCGGCGCUCCUGGGGACGCUGGGGGAGUCAGACCGGCCCGGCGUUGAUGCCCACAGGGCCGGGGCCCUGCCCACAGCACCACCUUGUCCGCUGGCCCCGCGUGUGUGCAGGGCUGGCCAUUCCAGGGCUUCAAGACCCACAGGAGGCGCCGCCUCCUCCAGGAAGCUGACCCUGAUAGUCCCCACCAGUUGGGUGAGGCGCUCUACUGCUGGGGGGCAGCCUGGCCUGACGGUUAGGAGCCUGAACUCUGGGGGGCAGAGUGCUGGGUUCGAAUCCUGACUUUGCUACUCCCUUGCUGUGUGCCCUCGGGCGGGUCUCUUCUCUGCACACUAAGCUCUUCUCCGUGAAACACGUUGCUGUGGGUGUUAGGGGAGAGGCCUGCACCCCCCAAAUGCUGCAUGCCCAGUGGCAAGGAGAAGAGGCUCUGGGAGCUGGCUGGGGCACUGCCACCUCCUCCAGAGCCUGUGAAAGCAACUGCCCAGCGUAGGCAAAACCAAAACCGCACACCUGGGCAGGCAGGUGCGUUUGCUCCCGGGUUCUGGUUGCACUGCUCAGCGCCAGCACCCCUGCCCCUACCAGCCAGCACUGUCGGGGUGCUGCUCACGCCCCUUACCCCACACAGGGCAUCCAGGUCCGAACUGGUCUCCAGUACAGCAGCCGGGGGCUGGGCAGGCCUUGAGGGGACGCAGCUGCACCCUCUCUGCCCCCACCCCAGUUCCGGCCUCCUGGGCCCUGGGCUCCCCGUGUUGCUGGCAGCAUCAGCCCCCCUGGCUCCCACUCACGUGGGAAGCACUGCACCCCAAGUCCAGGUUCCGUGUCUCCACUGCAAGAGCCGACGUCAGGACUCCCGGACCUCAAGCCACAGCCCUGGAUGGGGAGGAAACGCCUGCUGGGCGGCUGCAGCCUGGGCAUCGCCCCCUCUGUGGAUGGGGCAGGUGUGGGGGGCCCCGGCACGGCCAGGAGGCCUCGGGCCUGGAUGUGGCUGCUCAGGUCGGGGCACCUGA